AUGAGCAGCAGCAGCCAGCGAGAAUUGGUAUUCUCUGAGGGCUACAAGGACCACGAGGACCACAGGCCCAGUGGCACCGUACAAGAUGGGCACGACAUCAAGCCUCCUGCCGACAAGCAAUCGGCCGGCCACAGAUGGCGUUUCUGGGCCGUCUUCAUAUCUCUUUCCAUAUCAGCAUUCUUAAGCGCUCUAGAGGGUACUAUAGUCUCCACGGCCCUACCUUCCAUCUCCCGCGCUGUCAACGCAGGACAAGACUACAUCUGGAUGGUUAACGUCUUCUUUCUCACCAGGUAA